UCGGUAGACUAUGAUUUUCUGUUUGCUAUUAAUAGAUUACGAUUCUCCUUUUCCUCAGGCGUUGGCAGGCGCAUGGGAAUUGUCAGCAAUGGGGAUCGAAGCGGAGCGCGUUGUGCACGACAGAGCAUUGCUGGAAAUUGUGGAGCUUGUGUGCCCAAUAUGUGGAAAUCUGUUGUCUCCUGAAGAUACUGUGGAGACUCCUUGUGGUCAUCUGUUCUGCAGUGCAUGCGUAGCACCCUUCAUCACAUCUCAUUCCAAAUGCCCUCAGGACCUCAGUCAGGUGCAAAUGACAGACCUUAAGCCUGUAAAAGAGUCGAACACGUACGUAUAUCGCAUGUUGGGCCGAUCGCUUGUGCGGUGUGUGAGACACGGUGAUGGAUGCAACUGGGUUGGAGAGCUCUCUGAAGCAGCUGCACAUUCAUCACAGUGUAGUGUCCCGGCAGGACAGCGGUUGGUCGUGCCGGGCAGCAGCACCGACGAAUCGCUACUAGCAUCUCUGAUUUGUCCCCGGGGGCGAGAACGCGGUGAGGAUAUUUGCUUCAGCUGCGAUGAGAAGAACUUUCAGAUUGCCAUACUGAGAUCUGAAGUUGAUCAGAAGGUAAUGGAGAUAGAGGCGUUGAUGCUGAAGCUCUCCGAAAUCUCGAAGGAGAACGAGGAGAAGUCCAAGCAAGUGAUGGAAAUGCAGCAAAUGAUGGAAAUGCAGAAGGAAACUGAGAUUGGGAUGCUAAGGUCAGACGUUGAUAAGAAGAUAAUGGAGAACGGGGAGUUGAUGUUGAAGCUCGCCGAAAGUUUGAAGGAGAAGGAGGAGAAGUGCGAGCAAGCGGUGGAGAUGCAGCAGGAUGUAGAUAAACUUAGAGACGAUUGGGAGUUGAUGCUGGAGCUCGCCGAAAGUUUGAAAGAGAACGAGGAGAAGUGCAAGCAAGUGAUGGAAAUGCAGCAGGGAAUAGAGAAACUUAGAGACCGAUGGAAGGCGCAUACUAGUUAUAGUAAUCGACCAAGUGGAUGUGAAGGCAGCUGAUGGAAAGUAGAUAAACUUAGAGACAAUUGGGAGUUGAUGUUGGAGCAUGCCGAAGGUUUGAAAGAGAAUGGCAUUGAGGAGAAGUGCAAGCAAGCGAUGGAAAUGCAGCAGGGAAUAGAGAAACUUAGAGACCGAUGGAAGGCNGCCGAAGGUUUGAAAGAGAAUGGCAUUGAGGAGAAGUGCAAGCAAGCGAUGGAAAUGCAGCAGGGAAUAGAGAAACUUAGAGACCGAUGGAAGGCAUAUACUAGUUAUAGUAAUCAACCAAAUGGAUGUGAAGGCAGCUGAUGGGUGGACAGCUGUGGCCUCCCUGAACACCAUGAUGGCAGUGAAUGAGAAGACAGCAGGCAAUCAAGGCAUUUGGUUGAG